GAUAUAUCAAUGUUUGUUGGCGUAUCACUAGUCACUAGGAAAACAUAUUAUUUUCCUGGUAUUUUGUUCAUUUAGACAGAUUUUGAAUAAUAUUGCCACUCAGUAGAAAUUGAAAAUGAUAUAAUAUUAUUAUUUUAACUGCAAUGGAUUUAGAAGGAGAAGAGUGUGGAAGCCACAGUGGAUCCAGUCCAAUCCAGAUUCAGCCAGACUACUUGGAUGCUCAAGGUCAAGACAACUCAAGGUCAAUGCAUCAUUUACGACAUCAAGGACCAGACAUGGACAACUGUGAUUGGCCAAUCCAUGAACCAGAUCAACAUCAAGACACCAUUGAAGAUAAGCAUCACAUCCAACUCAAUGUGGAUAAUCAAAGUGUAUACUUGGACCACAAUUACUCCAAACAUCCCAUUGAAAUAAUUCGGAUCAAACCAGAGGAAAUAAUCGAAGAAGAAGAAGAAGGAGAACAACAACAACAAUGUGGAUUAGAAAUUGGAGUGAGAAGUGGAGAAAUAAAGCAAGAGAGUGUCACCCGUCUGCAGAUUGAGAGCAUUUAUUCUCUCUCCUCUGAUAGAUUGAACUCUGACCCCUCUUUUAUUGAACAAAUAAAAUUUGAAACUGGGAAAAUUGAGGAGGAACAACAAUCUUUUGAAACAGACCAUUCAGAUGCAUUGAUGCAAAUUGAAGGUUUUUCUUCUGAUGGAGUGUCUGAGAAUUAUGAAAAUGAAAGUGUAUCAUCUGGACUGUAUAUACCUUACUUUGAGGAACGAGAAGGUUCAAGCUCCGAUAAGUCUGUUGAUGCAACUCCUGGAAACUUUAUGAUGAAAGAUUCUGAAAAGAUUGGCAAUGAGGUGGACUUACUAAUCGAAAAUGCUAGGAAGAAUGUAAUUGAUGCAGCGAGUGAUAGUGAAUUAUUAACGAAGUGUCAAUUGUGUGGUGAGGCAUUCAGCAGCACUAGAGAAUUGAAUCUUCAUUGCAGAAUACACAUAGCUGGAAAACAUUAUGGUUGCAAAUUCUGUGACUACAAAACAACACGGAAAUCACAACUCAUCACUCAUCUGAGGACACACACAGGUGAAAGACCCUUCAGCUGUGAUUUCUGUGACUACAAAACAACAUGGAAUUCACUUCUCAUCACUCAUCUAAGGACACACACAGGUGAAAGACCCUUCAGCUGUGAUUUGUGUGACUACAAAGCAACACGGAAAUCACAUCUCAUCACUCAUCUAAGGACACACACAGGAGAAAGACCCUUCAGCUGUGAUUUGUGUGACUAUAAAGCAACACUGAAAUCAUCUCUCAUCCGUCAUCUAAGGACACACACAGGAGAAAUACCCUUCAGCUGUGAUUUCUGUGACUACAAAGCAAUACAGAAAUCAGAUCUCAUCACUCAUCUAAGGACACACACAGGAGAAAGACCCUUCAGCUGUGAUUUCUGUGACUACAAAGCAACACGGAAAUCACAUCUCAUCACUCAUCUAAGGACACACACAGGAGAAAGACCCUUCAGCUGUGAUUUGUGUGACUACAAAGCAACACUGAAAUCAACUCUCAUGCGUCAUCUAAGGACACACACAGGAGAGAAAGACCAUUCAGCUGAUAUUUCUGUGAUAACACAACAACACAAAAAUCAACUAUUAUUAGACAUCUGAAGACACACACUGGAUGAGACCCCUCAGCUGAUAUUUCUGUGAAUACAAAGCAACACAGUAAUCACUUCUCAUCACUCAUCUAGAGACAUACACAGGAGAAAGAUGCUGAUCACAGUUCAAUAGCACUGCCCCAUUUUCUCUCCAUGUGCCUGUCAUUGGCUACCUCUCUUCAUGUGUGUGAUUUUUUGUCGUGAGAAAUUUAUUUUUCUUUUUAAAAAUAAAUUUUCUCACAUUAAGAUUUUGCUAACUUGCGUCUGGGAAGACUCAAAUUUUAUGCAGGGUUGAAGUAUUCUCACGGAACUGUAUUUCCAUUAGCGAUGGAAAAUACACGAUUAUUUGGGAAUAUUUCAAAGUUGCACUUUCCUUUCCCACGGAAUUGUGCUCUGCCUCCACGUGGACUGUCGUCUCGUUGGUGGAAGGGGAACAUGAUUUGUGUGGAAAAGAUUAGUUCCAAUCAAGCCGCGGCGGCAUCAGAUAAAAAUCUAGAGGUAGCCUCGGGCCUCAAAGACCCUAAUUGAACGUGUUACAUGUGGUGAAAUAUAAGUAGAGCUUAAAUUCUGAAAAUGUUUAAUUCGAUUCCGUAAAAUUAUUUAAAGUAGUUUGAAUUUUGUAUGUAUUUUAUUGUUUAUUAUGAAUGUCAGUGAAAUAAACAUCAACAACAACGUAGUGUAGUGCAAAGUUUCAGUCGUGAUGAGAUUAAUAUUUCUAAAGAUAGCGAGUGACAUUAUAUUUUCUAGCUCAUGUUUCAGAAACCCAAAUUGACCGAGUCCCCAAAUUAUUCCUUGUAGUAGUAAAUGAAUAAAGAUCACGCUACCAUCGUAACCCAUUAGAAUUCCAGACAAACAGUUAGCAAAAUUUUUAAAGAUAGCUAUCUCGGCUUAUAGAACAUGCAAUAGAAUGUUUUCGAUUAUUUGUUGUUGAA